GGGCAAGCCAGGUCUCAGCGGGUGGUGGGGGUUGCACUGCGGUAAUAUGGCUCUUCCUUAGCCAGCGGCGGCGGCUGGAGGUGGGGUAGAACGGUCCUGCGUCUAGGUUGGUUGGUUUCUGGGCUGCAGGGUCUCGGCGGGUCGUGACUCGGCGGUUGUGGCGGAUGCCAGAGGAGCGUCGGUCCCGCCGCUUGGCGGCCCCUGGGUCAAGAUGAACGCUUCAGCGUCAGUCGGGGGCCCACUCCCCCCGCCGUCCACGGGCCCGGCCGCCGCGCUGCCUCCAGGUUCUGCCGCGCGGGCCCUGCAUGUGGAGCUGCCGUCUCAGCAGCGGCGUCUUAGACAUCUUCGGAACAUUGCUGCCCGGAACAUUGUUAAUAGGAAUGGCCAUCAGCUCCUUGAUACCUACUUCACACUUCACUUGUGUAACACUGAAAAGGUAUACAAAGAAUUUUAUAGGAGUGAAGUGAUUAAGAAUUCCUUGAAUCCAACAUGGCGGAGUCUUGAUUUUGGAAUAAUGCCAGACCGUCUGGAUACAUCUGUGUCUUGUUUUGUGGUGAAGAUAUGGGGUGGAAAGGAGGACGUCUACCAGCUGUUGAUUGAAUGGAAAGUCUGUUUGGAUGGGCUGAAAUACCUGGGUCAGCAGAUUCAUGCCCGCAACCAGAAUGAAAUAAUCUUUGGGCUGAAUGAUGGCUAUUAUGGUGCUCCAUUUGAACAUAAGGGUUAUUCAAAUGUCCAGAAGAAUAUUCUUCUUCAGGUGGAUCAGAACUGUGUUCGCAAUUCUUAUGAUGUCUUCUCUUUGCUGCGGCUUCAUAGAGCCCAGUGUGCAAUUAAACAGACUCAGGUAACUGUUCAGAAAAUUGGAAAGGAAAUUGAAGAAAAACUAAGACUCACAUCUACAAGCAAUGGGCUGAAAAAAGAAAGUGAGUGCCUGCAAUUAAAAAUUUUGGUGCUUCGAAAUGAACUGGAAAGACAGAAGAAAGCUUUGGGACGGGAGGUAGUCUUUCUGCAUAAAGAGCAAAUUGCAUUACAGGACAAAGGAAGUGCAUUUUCAGCUGAGCACCUCAAGCUUCAACUCCAAAAGGAAUCCCUAAAUGAGUUGAGAAAGGAGUGCACUGCGAAAAGAGAACUGUUUCUGAAGACUAAUGCUCAGUUGACAAUUCGUUGCAGGCAGUUACUAUCUGAGCUUUCCUACAUUUACCCUAUUGAUUUGAAUGAGCAUAGAGAUUACUUUGUAUGUGGUGUCAAGUUGCCCAAUUCUGAGGACUUCCAAGCAAAAGAUGAUGGGAGCAUUGCUGUUGCCCUUGGUUAUACUGCACAUUUGGUAUCCAUGAUCUCCUUUUUCCUACAAGUGCCCCUCAGAUAUCCUGUAAUUCAUAAGGGAUCUAGAUCAACAAUCAAAGAUAAUAUUAAUGACAAGCUGACUGAAAAGGAGAGAGAGUUUCCAUUAUACCCAAAAGGAGGAGAGAAGUUGCAGUUUGAUUACGGUGUCUAUCUUCUGAACAAAAAUAUAGCACAGCUAAGAUAUCAACAUGGACUAGGGACUCCAGACUUGCGGCAAACCCUUCCUAACCUGAAAAACUUCAUGGAGCAUGGACUGAUGGUCAGGUGUGACAGACAUCACACCUCCAGUGCAAUCCCUGUUCCAAAGAGACAAAGCUCCAUAUUUGGGGGUGCAGAUGUAGGCUUCUCUGGGGGGAUUCCUUCACCAGACAAAGGAUACCGGAAACGGGCCAGCUCAGAGAAUGAGAGACUCCAGUACAAGACCCCUCCCCCCAGUUACAACUCUGCACUAGUCCAGCCUGUGACCCCUGUGCCCUCCACGGGAGAAUCUGACAGAAAGACCGCGUCUCUAUCUUCCUCCUUGGACACCUCCUUGGACCUCUCCAAAGAAAACAAGAAAAAAGGGGUAGAUCUGGGCGACAGCUUAAAUGGAGGCCACGUGAGUGUGAACACUAGCCAGGAGCAGGGACAAGCCCUCUCGGGGCCUCCGGCCACAGUCAACGGCACCCUUCUGCCCAGUGAGCAGGCCAGCUCCUCCGGCUCCCAGCUCCCCGGGGGCUUCCACCCAGUCUCGGAAGCCGAGCUCUGCUGCACCGUGGAGCAAGCAGAAGAGAUCAUCGGAAUGGAAGCCACAGGCUUCACCUCGGGCGAUCAGCUGGAAGCAUUUAACUGCAUCCCUGUGGACAGUGCCGUGGCAGUGGAGUGUGAUGAACAAGUUCUGGGAGAAUUUGAAGAGUUCUCCCGAAGGAUCUAUGCACUGAACGAAAACGUAUCCAGUUUCCGCAGGCCACGCAGGAGUUCUGAUAAGUGAAGCGAGCGGACAGAUGGUAGGACCAGGAUGGAGUCACUGCUUGAAAUGAGGAUAAAGCUGCACUGGUUACCCUUUGUAGUAAUUAUGACACAAAAUGAAUAUUAAUGGAGGAUAUUCCUCAGAAAAAUAGACUUUGUGAAUCAAGGAGGGACUCAGGAUCAUUGUGUAUCAAUGGGCCAGACAAAGUUAGAUUUUGCUUGCAAGAUUUUGCUUUUCAGGCCUGACAAUUGUUUUAAGGCAAAAGUCACUCUCUAGCUUGAGUCACCUUAUAGGCAUUUGUCUGCUUUUUUAUUUACACUUAUAUGUUAUCCUCAGAGGGAAGAUGAUAAUAUAUAAAUAAUAUAAUGAACUCGCCUUUAGAUUCUCAUAGCAUUUGCCCUCACCAUAGUUUAUGAAACUUUUGGGAAAAUUGAAUAUUCAGUAAAAGGUCUCCACCACUGACUGAAGGAUCUUUGGCCAUCCAUCAGGUUGAUGAGUAAGAAGCACAAUGGUCUCGUAUACAAAGGCCCAUUGGCCUCUGCCCCCAGACUCCACAGUCAGCCCAGCUGUUAUGCCAUUGGCACAGUAGAUGUCUUGUGUAUCCUGACCACAGAGGACAUCACAUUUGCUAGUUCUUUAAUGCAGUUGCCGUGACCUCCCACCUCUUUCAGUCAGCCAUACCCUUGAUGCAGCCCUCAGAUUAUCUGAAAAACCUCACCUCUGGAGGAUCCCUCUGGGGACCCUCAAGGACCCUCCCCCACAAGGUUAUUAUAGUCAGACAACAUUAAGUUCCCUCUGGGGGCCAAAGUUUUUAUGUGGGCAGAUGCUGUUGUCAAAAACUGGCUGUGCUUUCUGGCAAUGCACUCACCGUAUAGAAAUCCCUAUAUGUAAAUCCCAUGUUAAUUUAUUAAAUUUCAGUUAGAAAGGAGGCAUUGUGUAUGAUGAAAUAUACGUAGGGAGUCAGGCUGUCCAGUGUGCAAACUGCAAGGCAGUUGAUGUAGUUGGAUUCAGAGACUAGAUGAGGCAUAGAAUACUAUUGGUAUGUGUGCAAUUGCAUAAAUAUUAAAUUAUGUUUUUGAAGUCCAUUUUCAUUCCUGGAGCUCAGAUUUCAUUUGCUAUUGUUGUAUACUUUAUAUACCCAAGGACAUUGCCUCAGGGUUGCAAGCUCUUUAAGGAGAUUUUAUGCUUAUAUCCAUGUAUUAUAUAGAAGAAUAAAAAUUGAGUUUAUUUCACUCAACCUGAUUUUUUCCCAACUUUGAAAUUCCUCUUGAACCUACAUCUCCAUAUGUUACAUCAUGACAGGACUAGCCUGAACAAAACCUGUGGCUGUAUCUAAGCUAAUGUUGACUUCAUUUGAGUUUACAUAUUGUAUAUAGCAACACACAUCACAGGUGUACUCUGCAAUAGCUCAUUCGUCCUACAUAACAAUUUAACUCAUAGGUUUCAUAAUCAUUGUCAUACUUCGUCCAAGCAUUCCUCGGCUCAGUUUUAAUAUAUAGCUACAUUGUUAAAUGGAAUAGUUCAUGUUGUUAUUUUUUCAUGUAAAGAACUCACAGAAUCAUUGCAUGACAGACAGACCCAACUUGCAAGCAAUUAAAAGCUUUAACUUGAUCUGAAGAAAUCCAUCUUAUUUCUCAUAAAUAGGUGGAACUACUCCAAACCUGGAGCAGAAGCCAUCUGUAGAGUCAUGGCUUCUUUGACAGUGUACUGUCAUUCAUUUUAGAGUCAGUAAGGGUGGAGCUAGACAUGGUCUUAGAUGUACAUCCGACUGGGCUGUGGGUCCUCCAGUGAAGCAACAUCUACCUCCCAAGCCCAGAAGAAAGGCUUUGAAGGACUCUGUUAGUACUGAACAGUGGAAGGUGAAUCACAUGUGAUUUUUGGUUCCUCAGAUAUGGGAGAGACCUUUAAAUAAACUCCAUGCCAAACUCAAAGACAAAGUACAUUCCAUUUAGGCCCUGAAGCCUGGCUCCUGGCACCACCAAGCGGAGUGACCACAUAUAGGAGCACCCAUGUUUUACAGUGUUCAUCUCAGGUUCCACAAAACCAAGUAGAGCCUGGCGCUCUGGGAUUUUGUCAGUCAGUCUCCCAUUUAUGGACUCCCGGAUUCUGGGGUUCACAGCCUUUCACCCCCACAGCAUGGAACCCCACCAUUGAAUGUGAUCAGGUAGCACAGAACUGAUGGAUGGUUACCUGCACAUUUUCCUGAUCUACACUGUGUCCAAUGAUGUUAUGCCUCAAAACACCACUUGUAGGUUUGGGUUUGUUUAGAUUUUGGGUUUUCAUUGAGUUUGUUUGAUGUCUGCAGCUUUUGCCAUACUUGGAUAUAUGUAAAUCCUACAGCAUUACAUUCUCCAGGAAUAAAUCUCUGACAUUUCCCAAAGCUGCAGAAUUCAUUUUGCCUCUGUUUAAAGUGGCCAAGGCCAAAAUAUGGGAUGAAGUUAUUAUCUCCUACUAAUCUUUGUAAUUAUUCUUGUAAACCACUAAAAAAACAAAAUUGCUUUGAGAAUAUAAGUUGAAAUGAAAACUCAGUCCUGUCGAUUUCUGAACUGCUAAGGGCCCUUUCAGUUUUCAUGUAGCCGAAACACUCUCUAACAGCCAGCAAAUGUUAUCAGAUGAAUAUUUGCUUGUGUUUUCUCUCUCUACUUCCCCGUUACCCACUUUAAAAAUUCCAGAGAUUUUUUCCCCCCAGAAUAUUAGUUUUGGAAGAUUGUAUCCAACUAUAUUUUUUUAGCAGUUCUAAUGGUGCCCAUUUAUCCUGACCUAACUGGUUAUUUAAAUAAUUUUUUAAACCACCACCAAUAAUAAAUGGCAUGUGAAACUGAUCUGUUGGUAAUUGGAAGAAAAGUCAGCAUCUGUAUUUAUAAAAUAAAAUUGAUUAGUAUUUA